CUUGUUAGUUAGCUGCUGUAUAUAUUGUUGUUUCUUUUUUAUAAUAAUUUAGUACAAUUAUUAUUGAUAUCGUGGCUCAUAAAUAUUGUAUUAAAGUUCCUUGUGACGCUAAUAAGUUAUCAAAUCAUUGUAAAAUACUAAUAAAAAGGCACAUAUUAUGUAUCGCGAUCAGUUGAUAACACCACCGGCUAAUUCAAUGCGAGUCUAUAAAAGCCACUGACCAAUGAAUGGCCAAAUUAGUUGGCCGUAAAUUUUCGGACGUCUCUUAACGUGCAUCGUGAAUUGGGCAAAAUGUUGCCCCGAAAAUUUGGACUCCUUUUAUUAGGUUUAGUGUUCUACCUAGUCAGCAGUGAAAUUGUUGUUGCCUCUGCUCUUCAAUGUAGUCAUUGUGAUGGCGAGGACUGUGACGAGCCUGUGUUGGAAGAUUGCACCAAUGAGAAUGAUCAGUGUUAUAUACGGCUAGAUGAAACCCUAAACUUCAUUGGCAUGGGUUGUGCCUCGACUUUGGGGAAUGAGACUGAAAUUGCCAACUUAAUCAAAAAUAAAGAGCUUUACGUGUGUUCGACGGCGGAUUGUAAUGGUUUUGAAAAUUUACCACAAAUAAAUGAAUGCACCGUUUGCGACUCGGCAACAGAUGUGAGAUGUGCCGUUCAGCCUGCAACUGCAGGUACAUCGAGACGUUGCAAUACUGUGCCCUUUACACAGUGCUAUGAACGUGUCAAUAUCGCAAACGGUGGCACGACAGAGCGUGGUUGUCUCGUCGAACUGGAAGGUGAUGAUUUCUACAAUUGCCUUAGUGGAGAGGAUGAUAAUUGCAAAGUGUGCACGGAGAGUGGCUGCAAUACAGAGAUCGUGCCCGCCGAUCGGCAACAAUGUCAACGCUGUGAUUCCGAUGCGAAUAGCAAUUGCAGCAACCUGCCAUCAGCGCUCUCCACUUGCCCCACAUAUAACAUAAACGAUACAUGCGUAUCUGUCUACGAGUCCGGUGUGACACGUCGUGGCUGCGCUAGUGAGUUCACUUGCGAUGCAACUGCCAGAAAUUGUGAAAUUUGCGUUGAGAAUGGCUGCAAUCAAGCAAAUGUGCAGAAACGUACCGAGGAAUUGUACGGUAUUUUCCAAGACUUGCCAUUGAAUUGUUACACUUGCGUGGAUGAAGCUUGCGAGACGAGCAAAGGAUUAUUGCGCAAAUGUGUGGGUACCUUAUAUCAAGAUUGUUUCACGGUCUUUGAUGCCGCUGGAACAGUAUUGGAACGCGGCUGUGAAGCAAGCAUUAGUGCCGAACAUCAGUCCCAAUGCGCCACAAACCCGGCACUUUGUUUCAAUUGCAAAUCGAACGGUUGCAACAACAACACUGAAGUUAAAACGAAAGAACAAUGUCUGUAUUGCGAUACAGCCAUCAAUGCCGAUUGUGCAGCGAAUAUAUCCGCAAUUACAAGCACACGCGAUUGCGUAGAUGGCUGCGUGACGGCGUUGUAUGAGCGCGAAUCAACACCUAAUGUGUUCGAUCUGGCGCGCACCUGCUUUGAGGAUGUUGAGUUUGAUGAUCGCGAGACAUGCACCGAGGCGAAUAACUGUGUCCAAUGUACCGGCGAGAAAUGUAAUACAGCGUUCGUGCCUGCCGAAGGACGCCUCUCUUGUUUGCACUGCGAUGGCGAUGAUUGUGACAGUCCAGUAUCGAGUGUUUGUAGCACUUAUUCCACAAAUGAUCAGUGUUAUAUGUUCUUUGAUAAUGUAACAUACAGCGCUGUGCGUAUGGGUUGCAAGAGCAGUUUGCCAACUGGUGCGAUUUACAAUGAUGUUCUGCAUUAUUUCCUCUGCGAUGGUGACGAUUGCAAUGAUUACGACAAUUUACCGGAAGCUCAUAUAUGUUACGUUUGCAAUUCGGCGACAGAUGUGAAUUGUGCCAUCCAACCUACAGCCAUUACAAAUCAAGUGAGAUGUCAAAUAAAUCCGCAUACCGACUGCUUUACGCGCAUUAAUGAUGAUGGUCACACUGUACGUGGCUGUAUUAGCACGCUAAAUAAUACGGAGUUCCUCAGCUGCAAUGAAGGCACACCCGGCGAGUACUGCAGAAUCUGCACUCAAAGCAACUGCAAUGUGAACAUCUAUCCCAGUAGUCGCCAACGCUGCUACCGUUGCAAUUCCUUCGACGACCCCAACUGCGACAAUAAUCCUGAGAAUAGUAAUUAUUCUGCUUGUCCGAUAUUUGACAAUGAUGAUAUUUGUGUGACUAAAUUGAUCGAUGGCAUUGUGCAUCGCGGUUGUGGCACCGAACUAGAAUGUGAUGGUGGUGAAGACUCGAAGACUUGUCGUACGUGUGAGGACUCCUAUUGUAACGAUUAUGUCUUCAAGGAGUAUCCCAUUGGCAAUCCAGGUAUUUUCCAGGAAUUGCCAUUGAACUGUUACAACUGCAAUGGCACCGAGGAGUGCAGCGCCAGUUUAGGAAAUGUGCGAAAAUGCCAAAAUAAUAUAUAUCAAACAUGUACGUCGGUAUUUAAUGCAACCGAUGGCCAAUUAAUCGGACGUGGCUGUAGUGAUGCCUGGGAGGAGGCGUGUGAUGAUAAUGAAAACAAUUGUUACGAUUGCAAAUCGAAUGGUUGUAAUGUGGCCAGGACGGCAGAUGACUACAUCGAAUGUAUCUUUUGUGACGCGCAAGUAGAUGAGCGCUGCUUGACUGAUGUCAGUAAAAUCCAGCAGAGGCGCGCGUGUUAUAAGAGUUGUGUAACGACUUUGUAUAAUCGCACCAAUGAUGCCACGCCGGUGCGUGAAUUAAUACGCACCUGUCUCGAUGAUAUGGAUUUGAACGAUCGUGAAAUCUGUGCCGAUGGUAAUGAUGCAAACUGCAAAGCAUGUGACGAGGAAUAUUGUAAUGAUGCCAGUGUUGGUGAGCGCAUUUCGUGUUAUCAAUGUGUGGGCGAUGAAUGUCAAAGUCCUGUAGCAAAAGCUUGUCGCGCUGUAACCGAAGGCGAUCAAUGCUUCGUAGAAUACGAUGAGACCAGAUCGAUUGUGGAAUUGGGUUGCAAGAGCAAUUACGACCCGGCUGAGGUUAGGGAGCGUAUUAUAGCUAAACGUCUGUGGCUUUGUGAUGGUGAAAAUUGUAAUACUAUCGAUGCCACGCCAUCAAGUCAACUUUGUGCUCUUUGCAAUUCGAUAACCGAUGCGAACUGUGCGAUUGCGCCGCAAAAUGUCACAUCGCAAACAACAUGCGCCAGAGCACCUUAUACGCAAUGCUAUUCGCGUGUGUUGAGUGACGGCCAUACGGAACGUGGCUGCUUGACCAGCAUUGAGGAUGAGGACUUCUACGAUUGUUUGCUGGGCGCAAAUACAGCGCAGUGCUUAGCUUGUGUUGGUAGGCGAUGCAAUUCUGAGAUCUUCCCACAAGAUCGUCGCAGCUGUCAACGCUGCAAUUCCGAAAACGAUCCCACUUGCCAAAGCUCGCCAAACGCCGCUUCAGUAUGUCCAAUCUAUGGCGAAAAUGAAUUCUGUGCCACUAAAUUGGUUAACGGCUACACCUACCGCGGUUGCAGCUCCGAUUUCCAAUGUGACGUCACAGACAGGCUACAUUGUCGCUAUUGCAACGUAGACAAUUGUAAUACUGUUGACUUGAGCAAUUUGAGUGGCUUAGAUAUCGGCGAGCCGGGUAAAUGGCAGGAUCUGCCAUUAACUUGCUACAAUUGCCAAGCGGACGAUUGCCGCAAUGCGACCGGUACACUGUAUGAAUGCGAAAACAAUAACCUGCAAACUUGCCAAACUGUCUUUGGCGCUGAUGAUGAGGUGGUGCGACGCGGUUGUAGUGACGAUGUCUUGGCAACACAUGAGGAAUACUGUGAAGAUAAUGCUGGCAAAUGUGUCGGCUGCAAAUCAAAUAAUUGUAAUAAUGCCACCAGUUUGGAUCAAUAUGUUGAUUGCUACUCAUGUGAUUCGGCGAGUGACGCACAAUGUGCUGUAGACUUCGUUGCCGCAAAUAGCACGCAGCGUCAAUGUCAAGGUUAUUGCGCUGUGGCAUUGUAUCCACGUAGUAGCUCCGAAAAUCCAUCGUACGAACUGGCACGCACAUGUUUGGACGAUUUGGAGCUGGACGAUCGAGAGAAAUGUUUGGCGGGUGAACAUGAGCUUUGUGUGGCAUGCGAGGGUCCGCUAUGCAACACUGCCUCUUUUCCGGCAAACAGACAUAGGUGCUACACCUGUGUGGAUAACGAAUGCAUUGACUAUAAAGUGGCCGAAUGUAGCGCCUACCAUCCGAAUGAUCAAUGUUACAUUAGCUUCGAUGCAGAGAACAGCAUUGUUGGCAUGGGUUGUCGCAGUGACUUAGAGUCCGAUGUCAUAACGGAACUUAUCAAACAGAAGAUACUGUUAUUGUGUGAUGGUGAGUCAUGCAAUGGAGUGGAAUCUAUACCAACCGCUAAAACUUGUUCGGUGUGUGAUUCCGAGAGCGAUGGACGUUGUGCGACCAACCCUAACCUGGUGACCGAUAUAGAACGCUGUACGAAUCUGCCCUACACGAAUUGUUUCACUCGCGUAAAGGAGAAUGGCCAUACCGCACGUGGUUGUCUUUCCAACUUGCCCGAGGACACCUUCUACAACUGUCUCUACGACAACAGUACCCUUUGUGAGACUUGCACCGGUGACAAAUGCAAUGGUUUGGACGUUUUCCCCACAAACCGUUGGCAAUGUCAACAAUGUAGCUCCGAUAUAGAUCCACUUUGCAGUAGCACACCGAACAGCAACAUGAUCUGUCCGAUCUACAACCAAAAUGAUAGCUGUGUCACGAAUUUGCGCGAUGGCAUUACGACACGUGGCUGCGCGUCCAGCAUGCGCUGCGACGAUGAAAGUGACAGGAAUACUUGCCGCAUUUGCACCAUCAGUGGUUGUAAUACGGUGGACUUGGAGAAAGUACAAGAACAAGGCCAACCCGGCAGAUGGCAGGAUGUACCGAUUACAUGUCGCACAUGUGAAGGCGAAGCGAAUUGCGAGAGUUUAGGCAACUAUCGUGUUUGUACCAGCAAUAUAUACCAGAGCUGUAUGACAGUCUUUAAUACAGACGGUAAGGUAAUACAACGUGGCUGCAGUGACGCUGUCGAGGAAAACAAUAACGCGCUUUGCACCACGAACCCAGAAAAUUGCUUGCGUUGCAACUCGAACGGCUGCAACAACUCAACACGUUUAGCCGAUUACAUUGACUGUAUUUAUUGUGACACUGAUAGCAAUGGUAACUGUUUGAACAACGCCAGUGCGGUGACGCAGACACGUAAGUGUAAUACAUACUGCGUGACAGCGCUCUACCCCAAGUAUGACGAAUUCAACCCUGCCUACGGACUGGCGCGCACAUGCUUCGACGAUUUGGAGUAUGAUGAUCGUGAAGCUUGCGCGGCUGGCCAAAAAGAACAUUGCCAGGUCUGCGCUGAAGCCAGUUGUAACACGCAGACAGUGCCGGAGGCACGUCUAAGCUGUAAUGUGUGUCAAGGUGAUGAUUGCCAGGACCUACAGCCGCAGUCAUGUGCCACAUAUCGCGAGGGUGACCAAUGUUACAUACAAUUCGAUGAGGAGCGCAGCAUUGUCGGCUUCGGUUGCCGUAGUGAGUUCAGCAAUGCUGAAGCUGAUUAUCUGCUACAAAAUAAACGACUGUUCUACUGUGAUGGUGAUAAUUGUAACACUUUCGAUGCGUUACCAGCAGCACAGACCUGUAAGCUCUGUAGCUCACGCACCGAUUUGAAUUGUGCCACAAAUCCAAACAGCGUCACAGCCACCACUCGUUGCUCGUUCUUGCCAUACACUGAGUGUUACACACGCAUACUAGGUGGUGGAUUUACCGAGCGUGGCUGUCUCUCUAGCUUGUACGAUGACGAAUUCAGUAGCUGCUUAAAUGGCACUGCACCAUAUUGUCAGGCCUGCAGGGGCAACUCCUGCAAUAAUGAAUUGUAUCCGGAAGAUCGACUUUCAUGCCACAUUUGCGAUUCCAUCACAGAUCCGACUUGCACAAACCAUCCAAACAGUGUGGACUUUUGUCCGUUGCACGUCGCCGGCGAUAGCUGUGUCACAGCUUACAGUGAUGAUGUGACCUAUCGUGGCUGCAGUUCGAGCUUGCGCUGUGAUGCCUCCCAGCCGAGAUCUUGUUGGCCGUGUGAGGGCGCUGCUUGUAAUACCAUCAAUUUAUCACGUAGACAAGAUGAUAACUAUGGCAAAUGGCAAGAUCUGCCGUUGAGUUGUCUCUCGUGCAACGGUACGUCGUGCGGUGAUGUCAAUAGUGUACAGUCCUUAACUUGUGCGAACAAUAAUGAACAGGACUGCGUUACGGUGUUCCAAAGCGGUAAUGUUGUCAGACGUGGCUGUAGUGAUGCUGUUGAGGAGGAAUACGGUGACUACUGUGACACUAAUUCGAAUAAUUGUUUGAACUGCAAGUCCAAUUCAUGCAACAAUGCAACAGCUCUGACACAAUACAACGAGUGUAUCUACUGUGACACACAAAAGAAUCUGUCGUGUUUGUGGAACCCAGAAAGCGCUGUGCACAAAACGCGUCAAUGUCAAGGUGGUUGCAUGACUGCGUUGUAUCCCUCGGAUAGUAGCAGUGAUCCCGGUUACGAAAUGAUACGCACCUGCUUGGAUGACAAAGAGGCCGCUGAUCGAGCAACAUGUAACGGUGAGCUAUGCCAGCGUUGUGUGGGUAAUAAGUGCAACUCUGCAACGGUGCCGGCUGAACGUCUGAGUUGUUAUCAGUGUGAAGGUAACGACUGUGAUGAACCCGAGUUGAAAUUGUGCCCUCUUUACAAGAGUGAAGAUCAGUGCUUCACUUGGUUCGAUGAGACUAACAGCGUUAGUCAAAUGGGUUGUGUGAGCUCGUUCCGCGAUCAAGAAAUAACCGCGAUUAUCAGCACGAAGCGUGUGCUUGUUUGCGAGGGUGAUGCUUGCAAUUCGUUGAAUGAAUUACCGGGACCACAGAAGUGUGCCAUUUGUGAUUCGAGGACAGAUUAUACUUGCGCAGUGAACGCACAGGAGAUUAGCACAUUUAACACCUGCAACAUAUAUCCGUAUACCAACUGCUACACUAAAUUGGUCAGCACGGAUGGAUCGACAACACGUGGUUGCUUGAGUGAUCUGCCAACCACCGAAUUCGUCGACUGUGUUUUGGGCAAUGAUAAGAACUGCAGUAUUUGUAUUGGCGAGGGUUGCAAUCGUGAGGUUUUCCCGGAGGAUCGUCAACAGUGUUACACCUGUACUAGCGAAGAUGAUGAUUACUGCCAGUCCAACCCAACACGCCUCUUGCCAUGCCCAUACGUUACAGAGACAGAGAAAUGCCGAACCGCCGUAAGCAACAACGUUACAAUACGUGGCUGCAGCUCGGAGAUCUUGUGUGACCUUAACGACAGAAACUGCGUCUCAUGCAAUGGUAGCGCCUGUAAUUCCAUCGAUCUGCUGAACCGAGCCAAAGACGAUGGCGUACAUGGUGUGUGGCAAGAUUUGCCAUUAAGAUGUCACACCUGUGAGGGCGAACACUGCCUGCAGUCGUUGGGGCCAGCCUACGAAUGCACCGGUAAUAUAGCACAAGACUGUGUGACUGUCUUCACAACGGACGGUGAUGUGAAGCGUCGUGGUUGUUUCGAUGAUGUUGAAGUCUACGAGCAACGCCAUUGUCGUGAAAAUCCACAUCUAUGUUUCAGCUGCAAAUCAAACGAAUGUAAUGAUGCUUGGAAUACGACGGAUUAUAUCGAGUGCAAUUUCUGUAAUUCCGAUACGAAUCCAUUGUGCUCAACUGAUCCACAAAACGCUAACUUCACCAAACGAGCCUGUAAUAAGGAAUGUAUGGUGGCAGUGAAGGGCUCACAGGUGAUACGCUCCUGUUUGGAUGACAAGGAAUUGUACCAUCGCAACGAGUGCCGUGGAGAUAGCGACGAAUGCUCCAGCUGUAACACUCCCAAUUGUAAUGAUUUCGUUUAUCCCAAAAACUACUUUAGCUGCCACGUUUGCACUGACGCCUCGUGCCUCACCAGUGUCAGCCAACGUUGCGAGAAUGCUGUCGACAAUGAUUACUGUUUUGCCAAAUACGAAAAUGGACGUCCCGAACUCUUGGGUUGUGCCAGUUCGCAGAAUCAAAACAAUUUGACGGCAUGGGAAGCGGAGAACAAAUUGUACACUUGCCCAACUGUUGACUGUAAUGAAAUCUCUCGUUUGCCAACCCUAGGUGUGCAAUGUGUGUUGUGUAAUUCGGAGAUUACACCCGCAUGCGCACAAAACCCAACCGCAGUCGCAGCUAUCACCUCAUGUCCAGCGCUCCAAACUCAAUGUGUCACGCAUCUGAAUGGCGCGGGCCAUACAUUGCGCGGCUGUCUAAGCGAGUUGGCUCAAAAUGAGCAAGUGGCAUGCCUAGCUAACGGCACAUGCACCACAUGUGUUGGAGACAGUUGUAACAAUGCGAUCUUCCCCAUCAAUCGUCGUAGAUGUCACAUCUGUCUCUCUUCGGUCAAUGAGAAUUGCUCUAACAAUCCCAAUUAUCUGCAGGUCUGUCCGAUCUACUCAUCUACCGAUCAGUGUGUGACCAGAUAUGAUGACUUCACUGAGCGUGGUUGCAAUUCGCAAAUCACUUGUGACGUCAGUGACGGGCGGACAUGUAAUAUUUGCUCAAGUGACGGCUGUAAUACAGUCGAGCUGACCGGUGGCGCCACCGUACUGUCUGCAGUCAGUUUAUUGACGACGUUAGUGUUCGCUAUUGUAGCAAUGUUAGUGAUUACAUAGAUUUAAUUAAGCGAAAGGAGUCCAAUUUAAAACGUAAACAAUUAAUGAAGGUACCCAGAUUGUUAACUACUUACGUAACACUUUAGCAUAAACAAAACGGUUUGUAUAUAUAUAAUACUUAGCGUAAAGGAAUAAAACAAUAAUACUUGAAA